ACUUACCACAGCUUUUGAUAUACCAGACAUGGAGCACUGGUUUGGACGUAAAAAACCCAAAGAGAAUGUGGGUCUACCUCAGUCAAGCACUCUACCUACUAAGCAUCUACUAAUGACCUACAGUCUACACCUCUCACCCUAUCUUCUCGAAUACACAGAAAAAUAUAUUACUAAAAUAGUAUAAUAUAACCAUUUAAUGUCGAAUAAUAUCUGUACAUAACUAACACUACACAAUCAUUAUAACCACAGAUAAACCAUAGGUAACAUGGUAUAACAUAUAGCCAUAUUUAAUGUGUUAUAACAUAACCGUAGCUAACAAAGUGUAAUAGAUUUCCGUAUCUCACACUCACUCAUACAUACAUGCAUACAUACACAUAUAUACACACACAUACAGAUACGCUAUAGUAGUUCAGCCACCUCUUUAAGUGGGUCUUGAGCUGCCUCUAAUUAGGUGUGAUUGGUCGAGAGAGGUAGACAUCAGUCACACAGGCUAAGUGUGUGUGUGGACAAAGCCGGCAGUGUAGUCGCUGUGGUUUGUCUGGGCUUCUGCUCCAUCGAUACAGUACAAGUCGUAGCUCACCAAUACACUACAAGUCAUAGCCCACCGAUACACUACAGUCGUAUUGCCAAUAGUCGUAUUGCCCUGCUCUUGGGCUGGCCGGUUUGCUUGACUGACAGUACGAGGGCUUUUCCAUUCAAUAAAAACUCUGUUUUUUUUUUUUAACGGGAGUAAGUCAGGAGUCACAGCACAGAGGUUCCACCGAUCACACACACAACAAGUGUAGUGUAGUACGUGUGUGUGCACUGAUGGGCUGCGUGGAGGUAUAGGUGGUCAUCGUCGUUUGUUGCUGUCAUCAUCGUCGUAUGUGCCAGUGGCAUACCUGUGCUAUGCAGUAAAAGGUGUAGGCUGUUGUGACAGUGUGUAGACCUGACUCACAGUGUUGCAGUGGUUGGUGUGCACACAUACCUGUGGGCUGUAACGGCCCAGCCUCUUGUGUCUGUUUUGGGGGUUUUGUUUGUUUUGUUUUUUUAAUCUAUUCCCCCCCAACAAGGGCCUAUGUCGGACAUUCAGACAUUUUCUGUGACUUUUACCUGUAAUUUACCUGCUGCAUCAAAGACUAAACAAUGAUUAACCUGAGGGAAUGUUGUACUGGACUUGUCAUGUUUGCAAUGAUCUCUCUCUGUUCUACAGAUGUUAAAGACCGGCAACAAAGGGAGGUAAAUCAGCAGUCAGCAUCAGAUCCUGAUAUCGUCAUUCCAACUCUAGUUGACUCCAGUGGAAAUUUUCUAUCACACGACUUCCACCUUCUGAACCGAGAGAAGCGAGGCACAAUUGAACAAAGUGUUAUUUAUGUCAAUGUUUCUGGAUUUGGCAACACGUUUCACAUGGAGCUGUCGGAAAACAAAAAACUCUUAGCACCGGGCUUCAAGGUGUAUCGACGUAAGAACUUCAGUAACACCACAGUGGACCUACCCGAGGAGACUGACCAGGUGGAGAAUGCUCUCAGAUGUCUGUACACAGGAUAUGUGAAAAAUCACAACAAUAGCCACGUGGCCAUCAACAUUUGUAACGGGGUGAAAGGUGUAAUUCGCACUGCAGAAGAAGACUACAUCAUUGAACCUGUGGAACAUCAUAUCGUCCUUGACAUUGAUCUAGAUAACCACAUUGGAAAGCCCCACAAGCUGUACAAACGGUCGACUAUUGAGAUUAGACAAAAGGUUUUUGAUGGAACUAAAUCAUCUUCUUUUUCCAAGGCAUUCUAUCAACCGAGAGAAAACAAGCUGCACAAAACAUCAUCGAGUGAGGAGGUUGAGCAUCGUUCACAGCAGCGUCGAUCCCCGGCCAAGUGGCGCAAGAUGAAUGGUGAAGAGAAGACUGUCGAGACAUUGGUGGUGGUAGACAAGUCCAUGUUCCAUAACCAUGGCGACAAGAAUAUUACGACAUACACCCUCACGUUGUUCAACAUGGUAUCCAAGCUGUUCCUGGAUGCCAGCCUGGGUAACACCAUCAAUAUUGUUCUCGUGGGCCUCAUUCUUCUAGAGGGAGAUGAGCCAGGUCUUGUGAUCAACCACCAUGCUGAUCAGACUCUCAACAGUUUCUGUGCCUGGCAGUCAGUGCUGGUGGGUGCCAAUGGCCGACAACAUGACCACGCCAUCCUGCUCACUGGAAAAGACUUGUGUUCAUACAAGAAUGCACCUUGUGAUACUCUAGGUUUUGCACCAAUAGAAGGGAUGUGCAACAGAAUCAGGAGUUGUACCAUCAAUGAAGAUAAUGGUCUCGCUACAGCUUUGACCAUUGCUCAUGAAGUUGGACACAAUUUUGGAAUGUUCCAUGAUGGAGAAGGGAACUACUGUACACAGAGUGCUGGAUCCAUUAUGGCUCCCACCCUUGUUGGCAAAGAUGGCCUCUUCCAGUGGUCAGUCUGCAGUAGAGCUUACCUCAUGAGGUUUUUGAACACCCCGCAGUCCGACUGCCUGGAUGACAAGCCCAAGUAUGUAGCGGAGCUGAAGUUCCCAGACAAGCUGCCUGGAGAGCUGUAUGAUGCUGACAUUCAGUGCAAGUGGCAGUUUGGUCACAAAGCCAGGCUGUGUACCUACGACUUUGGCAAGGACACUUGUAAAGCAUUGUGGUGUUACCGUGGCAACAAGCGAUGUGAGACCAAAUUCUUGCCGGCAGCUGAGGGUACAUCAUGUGGGCGAGGUAUGUGGUGUCGACAGGGAAACUGUGUGAAGUACGGUAGUAAAGGCCCGAGACCUGUCAACGGAGAUUGGUCUCACUGGUCCGAGUGGUCCACCUGCUCGAGAUCGUGUGGUCGUGGAGUCGUGAAGCGAGUCAGAGACUGUACCCAGCCUCUGAAUAACCUCUGUGGCAUCAGGCAACCUAAUCAUCUCAUGCAAGGAUGCACUGUACUGCCCGAGUUAGAUCCAUCCCACUCGAGACCACAGUAUGGUGGAAAUUCCUGUAAAGGCCAAGUACACGAAGCAAAGAUCUGUAAUGUUCAGGAAUGUCCCUAUGGAGAUGACUUCCAUGCGGUGCAGUGUGCACGGUAUGACCAGAAACCAUUCCGUGGCUGGUACCUUCACUGGAAACCAUACAAGAAGCUCUACGAUGAGCGUGAGCCGUGCCGACUGUACUGUGUUGCCGACACCUUCAGUUACGUGUUUACAAUCAAACACAUGGCCGAUGAUGGAACCAAGUGUAACAAGAACGGAGGGAUCUGUGUCGACGAAACCUGUCAAGCAGUGGGCUGUGACUGGGUUGUUGGAUCCACUGCUAGGAACGACAUCUGUGGAAAAUGUAACGGAGAUAACUCUACAUGCAAACUAAUCAGUGGAGAAUACAUUCAGCAUCCAAAGUUAAACACCUAUUUCCCAAUAGCAGUCCUCCCAAAGUCAGCACGUUUUGUACGAGUGCGUGAGAAGACGAUUUCCUCCAACUACCUGGCAAUACGUAACAUCUACGGUCGUUACUACCUGAACGGAGACCGGCGGGUGGCGUGGCCAGGCGUGUACAGACUGGGGGGUGCAGACUUCACCUACAAGAGACCGUACAAUGAGCCAGAGUCCCUGGAAACUGACGGACCACUAGGAGAGGAUCUUAUUCUGGAGAUGCUUGUCCAAGAUCGAAAUCCUGGAAUAAAAUACCAAUACACCAUUCCUAAGACAAGUGAGGAAAUGGCACCAAAAGCACCUCCUGCCAAGUACACAUGGAGUGUGGCAGUAUCUUCAUGUAGUGAACCUUGUGCUGGAGGACAAAAGACUGUCUCAGCUUUGUGCCAUCAGAACCUUGAAGAGGAAGUUGAUCCACAACACUGCAAUUCAGAAAAGAAACCAGAAACUGGAAUAUUCCCUUGCAAUGAGCAGCCCUGUCCACCUAGAUGGGUUCCUGACCAAUGGCACCGAUGUACAAAGUCCUGCGGAGGGGGCAAGCAGAGAAGACAGAUAUCGUGCAAGCAGAAGUACUCCCUCAACAAAGAAAGAAAAAUCAAACGUCGGUUCUGCAAGCAUCUACCGAAACCUGCCAAGAAGCGCCGAUGUAAUAAUCACGAAUGUCCUCCAGCAUGGCAUGUUGGCAAAUGGUCCAAGUGUUCAGCAUCGUGUGGUAAAGGAACUCGACGUCGCCGGGUUCUGUGCCGUAGUCGCAACAAGCGAGGUUUACAGAUUUUGUCAGACAGCAUGUGCAACAGCCAGCAGAAACCAAACACAACCAUUGUCUGCCAUAGACAAGCUUGUAAGGAGCAGUAUGAUUGGCUAAUCUCUCCAUGGGGACCUUGCUCGAGAACGUGUGGCAAAGGUAUGCGGUCUCGUUACCUCAAGUGCAACGCAGUGGACGCGCUCGGCAAGCAUGCCCCGGCCGAGGACGGUCGGUGUGACCGCCUCACACGGCCCAAAGUCGCUAUGGAGGAGUCAUGCUGGCUUGUUGCCUGUCCCCAGGCACUGCACACGUGGCGACGCCCAUUCUGGCACGUGGCGCACUGGUCUCAGUGUUCUGUGACGUGUGGCAAAGGAGUCCAGGCUCGCAGAGUGAAGUGUAUCGGUGAUGCCCAUGGGAAAAUGUUCACCGCCAGAGGCUGCAAGCUGCGUCACAAACCUAUAACUUCCAGAAUGUGUAACGCAGGACCAUGUCCCGCACAAGAUGCACCUGCUGCCUGUGAAGACACAGAAAAAUGGUGUCAUCUUGUACGUCACCACAAAGCAUGUGGAAGGCGAUACUAUCGCAGAAGCUGCUGUGCCACGUGUACGGGAAGUUGAAGUCACCAUGACGACUAGACCACUC